AUGUCGGUCGAUACCCAGAGCCUACCGGCGUUCCCGCCACUCUCCACCAUCGAGAACAUCAUCCUCAAGGAGAAGAAGGGAAACUGCGUUCCCGUUUACGUCGAGCUCCCCGGAGACCUCUUGACACCAUGCGUCGCGUACCUGCGUAUAGCCAAGGACUCGAAGUACAGCUUCCUGCUCGAGUCAGUUGUCGCAGGAGAAAACCUGGCGCGCUACAGCUUCAUCGGCGCAGACCCGUUCAAGAUCAUCCGCGUCGGCCCCAAUGAGGAGAACACGGGCGACCCGAUGACGGUCCUCGAGAAGGAGCUGGGGAUGUACCGAUACGUGAAGCUCCCCGAGGUCCCCACCUUCACCGGCGGCGCGAUUGGGUACGUCGGCUACGACUCCAUCCAGCAUUUCGAGCCCAAGACCGUGCGCCCCCUCGAAGACCCGCUUCGCAUCCCCGAGGCGAUCUUCAUGCUCGUCGACACCCUCCUCGUCUACGACCACCUGUACCAGAGCGUCAAGGUCGUCUCGCACGUCCACUGCCCGGACGACACGAACCAGGGCAACCUUUCGUUCAUCUACCAGACCGCGGUUUCGAAGGCGCGUCGGCUCGCGAAGAUCGUCAUGUCCGCCGUCACCCCCGAGGUCUACCAGCAGCCGAUCGUGCAGGGCAACGAGGCCGUCUCGAACGUCGGCCAAGAAGGGUACGAAAGCUUCGUCACGAAGCUGAAGGAGCGCAUCGUCGCGGGCGACAUCAUCCAGGCCGUGCCUUCCCAGAGGCUGGCGCGUCCGACGGCGCUGCACCCGUUCAACGCGUACCGGCAUCUGCGCAGGAUCAACCCCAGCCCGUACAUGUUCUUCCUCGAUUGCGGGCACCUCCAGAUCGUCGGCGCAAGUCCUGAGACGCUCUGCAAGGUAGAGAAGGACAAGGUGUACAACCACGCGAUCGCCGGGACCAUCAAGAGGGGGAAGACGAUCGAGGAGGAUGAAAAGCUCGGAGCGGAGCUUCUCUCGUCGGAGAAGGAUCGCGCAGAGCACAUAAUGCUUGUCGACCUCGCCCGCAACGAUGUCAACCGGGUGUGCCAGCCGACGACGGUGCACGUCGACCACCUGCUCAGAUUAGAAAAGUUCAGCCACGUCAUCCACCUGACUUCGCAGGUGUCGGGCCAGCUGCGAGAAGGGAAGACGAGAUUCGACGCGUUCCGGUCUAUCUUCCCGGCGGGCACUGUCUCAGGUGCCCCCAAGAUCAAGGCCAUCGAGCUCAUCUACGAGCUCGAGAAGCAGCGUCGUGGCGUGUACGCUGGAGCCGUGGGGCGCUUUGACUUCGCGGAAGAUGAAAUGGACACCUGCAUCGCUAUUCGCACUAUGGUUUUUAAGGACGGGAUCGCCUACCUGCAAGCAGGAGGAGGGAUCGUAUUCGACAGCGUCGAAAACGACGAGUUCGUAGAGACGCUGAACAAGCUGAAGGGAAAUGUUAGGGCGUUGGAGGCAGCUGAAGCAUAUUGGUACGAUAUCCAGAACGUGAAGAGUGCAUCGGCAUGA